AUGUUGCUACAGCGAAUAGUUCAUACCCCAGCAAGAGGCCCUCACUACCCCCAGCAAGAGGCCCUCACUACCCUCCAACAAGAGGCCCUCACUAUCCUCCAGCAAGAGGCCAUCACUACACCCCAGCAAGAGGGCCCUCACUACCCCCGGCAAGAGGCCCUCACUACCCCCAGCAAGAGGCCACUCACUACAUCCCAGCAGAGGCCCUCACUACACCCACAAGAGGCCCUCACUACCCCCAGCAAGAGGCCCUCACUACUCCCCAGCAAGAGGCCCUCACCCUCAGCAGACCUACCCCUGCAGCAAGAGGCCCUCUCUCCCCCAGAUAGAGGCCCCACUACCCCCAACAAGAGGCCCUCACCCUCAACCCAAGAGGCCCCACUACCCCCAGCAAGAGGCCCUCACCCCAGCAAGAGGCCCUCCUACCCCAACAAAGAGGCCCUCACUACCCCCAGCAAGAGGCCACUACUCCCCAGCAAGAGGCCCUCACUACCCCAGCAAAGGCUCUCACUACCCCCCAGCAAGAGGCCCUCACUGCCCUCCAACAAGAGGCCCUCACUACUCCCCCAACAAGAGGCCCCUCACUCACCCCCAGCAAGAGGCCCUCACUACUCCCCAAGAGGCCCACUACAACAAGAGGCCUCACUACCCCAGCAAGAGGCCUCUAGCUAG